UUGUCAUUCUUAAAAAAUGGCUUCUCUGGAUCGGUUGCCUUCUAGUUUUAUUGACACCAUUAUUAUCCCAGUCAAACUACUUAGAUUUAUUGGACUGGAAGUCAUCGACGAUGACAAGGCUCGUUUUAAAAAUUAUUGCAAAUUUAUCGUAUUUUUUUUGUUGUCUUUUAUGUUUUGUUACGGCGAGAUUUUUUUCUUAAUAAAAAUAAAUGAAUUAGAUGCUGGCAUUUUGGAGAUUGCUAAUGCCAUAUCUUGCUUCUUUCUUGUGAUGCAAAGUUUGUUUAAAUUAUCGUUAAUGCGCAAGAAACAUUUCAUAAGGAGUGUGGUUUAUGAAAUAGCGGAGCUGUGGCCAGAUACCGAAAACCAGGAAAAGAAAGAGCUUAUGGAGUACUGGCUCCACCGCAAUAAGACAGCUUGCGCCUGCAUACUCAAGUUUACUAUAGUCGGUUUAUUAAUUUACAAUGGGAUUUCUUUAGUCAUAUACUUCAUCCUGAGAAUCCUGGAUAAAAACCCCGCCUAUAUGUUCCCGUUUGAACUAUACUAUCCGUUUGAGAUUGACUCGCUGUGGAAAUAUGUGGCGGUUAAUUUGAUGCAUACGUUAGCAACAACAAUGAUCUAUGAAUGCAGCUACCUGGCCUGCGAUAUGUUGCUAUUCACGUUAACGGUCAACGUGUCCAUGCUCUUCUGUCUGCUGCAAUACGACCUGUUGAACAUAAACGUGGACCGCCGAGCUCAGGAAGCAGAUGAAUCUCUAGAAAACCUUAAAAAUGUCGUUAAGAGACAUCAGAAAAUUUUGAAAUUAGCUAAGGAUUUGAAUGAAAUAUUUAGUGUUAUACUGUUAAAUGUGUUAAUCAUCUCGUCUCUAAUUAUUACUUUCUUUGGAUUUCUUACUAUAGUGAUAAAGGUGAAGUUCCAGCAGAUAAAGUAUUUGACGGCUACGUUAGAGGUCCUUUUGGCUGUCUUUUAUAUUAUCCUGCCGGGGCAGAUUCUAUCAGAUACGAGCAGUGGAGUCGCUGACGCUGCCUAUCAAAGCCUAUGGUACAACAGCGAUCAAAGAUUCAGGAAAAUUAUAGUUAUCAUGAUUGCAAGGUCACAAAAGCCAUGCAAAUUGCGAGCACUGGGAUACGCGGAUAUAAACUUCGAAACAUUUUAUAAGAUCUGCGGCAAGACGUGGUCUUACAUGUCAGUAGUAAAUCAAAUGUACCAAAAUUCACUUCAGUGA